AUGAGCCGCCUGUAUGACAAUAAACCCUUGGCCAAUCUGCCCGUGGGUAAUGUCCGCGUGGCGAGGGUGUGGUGUGAGGCAGCAUUAGUAAGAGGGGAGGGUGUUAUCAUCGAAGGCAUCAUCAAAGGGCGUGGCAGAGUGGUGAUUACUGACAUCGAGGACUCAAAGCACAGAUACUAUCUCCUAUACGUCAGCCUAGACAGGGUACAUAGGCGCAAGUUUGAUAGCAGUGGGAAUGAGGUGGAGCCAAACUUUAGUGAAACACAGAAAGUGAGGACCGGAUAUCUCAACUCCUCAUACAAGGUGGAAGCUAAAGGACAGACUGAUCGUCUAACUAAUCAAGAAGCCACCAACCUACUGGCUAACCAAGAGCUGUCCACACUGACCAGUAAACAACGACCCUCUGGAUGUGACCAAUGCCUGUCACUAUGGUUACAGGAAAGUGAGGCUGACAAACUAGAGAUUACCGAAGGAGAUUCUGUUCGAGUUAAAACGAGAGGAAAUGGACCAUUAAUAUUUAGUAUUGCUAAGAUGGAUAAUCAGUCAGCAAAUGUAUCCAACUUUGCUGGUGGAGAACAGGUGGGCGGGUCAUGGACAGACAAAAUCAUGGGGCUUAAGUCAGAUACACCUGAGGAUGAGGAGGAAGAAGAUGACCAGGACUGGGAUUAACCCUUAAAUAUCCUUGAAUCAUCUGAUAUCCAGUCACCACUGUCCUGAGGCCAGCAGAUUGUGGGUAAAAAGGAUCUACAGAGGAAACAUUUCAUGCUAAACUAUUAUUGUAUAUUAUUUAGACUUUGUUUCCUGGUCGUCUGGUCGUCAUCUCUCUUGGAUCAGUGGAUGGAAGAAAAGAUCUGUUUAAUUUCUCUGAGAAGUGAUUAUAGAGGAAAUGUUUCACAUAAAACUGUUAUUGUAUAUCAUUUUCUGGGUCGUCAUCUACUUGGAUUUGUGAAUGGAAGAAAGGAUCUGUUUUAAGACUCUGUGGAUCAGCAGUAGGAUGAAAUGUGCUGUUCGAUUUCUGGAAAUUUUUGCAGAGGAAAUGCUUCAAGAUAUACUCUGUUCCAUUCAAUGUGUUCUUUAUUGAGGGUUUAUAAACACAACACACAACAUAACGACAAACGUAGAGGUGUUCUGUUGUGUCAGUGUCGAAUGGACUUCUCUGUGCUUGCAGUUUAUAGGCCAUUUAUUUUAUGAAUUAAAUAAAGAUAUUCCAGUGAGA